GCUCAGCUUCUGCAAUGGGGCCUGCCUGACACUUGGGCGCUCCUUCAGUCUCGAUGUUGAUGGCAGGACAAAGGGGCGCCUGGACCAUGGGUGACGUGGUCGAGAAGAGUUUGGAAGGGCCCCUGGCACCUUCUACAGAUGAGCCCUCCCAGAAAAGAGGAGACUUGGUCGAGAUCUUAAAUGGGGAAAAGGUCAAAUUUGACGACGCGGGACUCUCCUUAAUUCUUCAGAAUGGCCUGGAAACCCUGCGAAUGGAAAAUGCUCUGACAGAUGUCAUCUUGUGUGUGGACAUUCAGGAAUUCUCCUGCCACCGCGUGGUGCUUGCCGCAGCCAGCAACUAUUUCAGGGCCAUGUUUUGCAACGAUUUAAAGGAAAAGUAUGAGAAAAGGAUCAUUAUUAAAGGGGUUGAUGCUGAGACCAUGCACACUCUCCUGGACUACACAUACACCAGCAAGGCGCUGAUCACCAAGCAGAAUGUCCAGCGGGUCCUGGAGGCUGCUAACCUCUUCCAGUUCCUGCGGAUGGUGGAUGCCUGUGCCAGCUUCCUCACUGAAGCCUUGAACCCAGAAAACUGUGUUGGAAUACUGAGGCUGGCCGACACACACUCGCUGGACAGUCUAAAGAAGCAGGUUCAGAGUUACAUCAUUCAAAACUUUGUGCAGAUUCUGAACUCUGAGGAGUUCCUUGACCUGCCUGUGGACACUCUGCACCACAUCUUGAAGAGUGAUGACCUUUACGUGACAGAGGAGGCUCAGGUGUUUGAGACCGUGAUGAGCUGGGUCCGGCACAAGCCAUCAGAACGACUCUGCUUACUCCCCUACGUCCUCGAGAAUGUGCGCUUACCGCUUCUGGACCCGUGGUACUUUGUGGAGACGGUGGAAGCAGAUCCUCUCAUCAGGCAGUGCCCAGAGGUCUUCCCACUGCUCCAGGAAGCCAGGAUGUACCACCUUUCUGGCAAUGAGAUCAUUUCGGAGCGCACCAAGCCCAGGAUGCAUGAGUUCCAGUCUGAGGUGUUCAUGAUCAUCGGCGGCUGCACGAAGGAUGAACGGUUUGUGGCAGAGGUGACCUGCUUGGACCCCCUGAGGCGCAGCCGCCUGGAGGUGGCCAAGCUCCCGCUAACGGAGCAUGAGCUGGAGAGUGAGAAUAAGAAGUGGGUGGAGUUUGCAUGCGUGACAUUGAAAAAUGAGGUCUACAUCUCAGGUGGCAAAGAAACACAGCAUGAUGUUUGGAAAUAUAAUUCUUCGAUCAACAAGUGGAUUCAGAUUGAGUAUUUAAACAUAGGCCGCUGGAGGCAUAAGAUGGUGGUGUUGGGUGGCAAGGUCUAUGUUAUUGGAGGCUUUGACGGCUUACAGAGAAUCAACAACGUGGAGACCUAUGACCCCUUUCACAACUGCUGGUCAGAGGCCGCACCCCUCCUUGUCCAUGUCAGUUCCUUUGCAGCCACCAGCCAUAAGAAGAAGCUCUAUGUGAUUGGGGGAGGGCCCAAUGGGAAACUGGCCACAGACAAGACUCAGUGUUAUGACCCUUCCACCAACAAGUGGAGUUUGAAGGCAGCCAUGCCGGUGGAGGCUAAAUGCAUCAAUGCAGUGAGUUUCCGGGACCGCAUCUAUGUCGUUGGUGGGGCCAUGAGAGCGCUGUACGCCUACAGCCCGCUGGAAGACAGCUGGUGCCUGGUGACCCAGCUCAGCCACGAGCGGGCCAGCUGCGGCAUCGCGCCCUGCAACAACCGGCUCUACAUCACCGGCGGGCGGGACGAGAAGAACGAGGUUAUCGCCACGGUGCUGUGCUGGGACCCCGAGGCCCAGAAACUGACAGAGGAGUGCGUCCUGCCCCGGGGCGUGUCGCACCACGGCAGUGUCACCAUCAGGAAGUCGUACACCCACAUCCGCAGGAUCGUGCCUGGAGCAGUGUCUGUCUGAGGGCAGGAUGGGGAGCUGGACCCUCAGCGUGCCCGCCUCACCUCUCACCCUCCUCCAGUCCCACUUCAGGCAGCAGUCUCGAGUUUGAGGCCAUACAUCAGGGGAUCCCCUUGACUCAUUUUGGGGGAACCUUGGAAGUCACAGUUUGGGGUCACUUGAGACCGGCCAGGAAUGUUUGCAUGACCUACCUCAGGAGGGGAGGUGAGGAAGAGUAAUAUUUAGCAUUCAGGACCCACCCACCCUAUGCCGGCUUCUGUGCCAGGCACUUCCUUGUAUCGGUUCAUUUAACCUGGUGACUGGCUCUUAUCACUUCUAGUUUACAGGUGAGGGAACCGAGUUUCACAGAGGCUAAGUGGCGGGCCCCCGAUCACUCAGAUAGCAAGUAGCUACCCCAGGAGUCUAAAACCCAGGUCUUUCAGCUCCGAAAUCAACGCUCUUUCCACCAUGCUGCCUAUCUCAGAGCAGGAAAAACAACCAAAAAACAAAAACAAAACCUGGCUCGUGCCGGGCGUGGCAGCUGACACCUGUAAUCCCAGCACUAUGGGAGGCUGAGGCAGGAGGAUGACCUGAGGUCAGGAGUUCGAGACCAGCCUGGCCAACAUGGUGAGACCUCCCCGUCUCUACUAAAAAUACAAAAAUUAGCCAGGUGCAGUGGCAGGCGCCUGUAAUUCCAGCUACUCAGAAGGCUGAGGCAGGAGGAUCACUUGAACUUGGGAGGUGGAGGUUGCAGUGAGCUGAGAUUGCGACACUGCACUGCAGCCCGGGAAACAAAAGUGAAACUCUGUCUCAAAAACAAAAACAAAAACAAAAACAAAAAAACCUGGCUCAUUUCUUGUUUCGGCAAAUCUGCUAAAAGAUUCACUCAGCACGGCAGGGAAAUAAAGGUGUUUCCUGUUUUCUUUCCUUUUCUUUCUUAUUCUGCAUCCUCCCUCGUCCCCGCCCUUUACCAAAAUUUAAACCAAGGAGUCAUUUGGGCUCCUUGCCAAGAACAUCUCAUAGGUUCUUCCACUUGAAAGGUCUGGGGGAUGGGCUUGGGAAGGCCUGUUUGCUUUGAAAGAGAUGAAAUACUUGUGUUCUGUCCUCCUCCCAUUGAAACCCCUUUUUUUUUUUUUUUUUUGCGAUGAAGUCGCCCAGGCUGGAGUGCAGUGGCAUGAUCUCGGCUCACUGCAACCUCUGUCACCCCGGUUCAAGUGAUUUUCCUGCCUCAGCCUCCUGAGUAGCUGUGAUUACAGGCACCUGCCACCGCGCCUGGCUAAUUUUUGUAGUUUUAGUAGAGACGGGGUUUCACCAUCUUGGCCAGGCUGGUCUUGAACGCCUGACCUUGUGAUCUGCCCGCCUUGGCCUCCCAAAGUGCUGGGAUUACAGGCGUGAGCCACUGGGCCCGGUCUUUUUUUUUUUUUUUGAUGAUCAUAAGAUGGCCCAUUUUGGACCAGAACUGUCAUUGCCAGACAGAAUUGUACCUUUAGCACAGUCUGGUGCCCUGGCCUCUUAGUGUUCACCAGUUGUACUGCAAUAUAGAAAAGAUGUUUCUAGAGACUCAAACUACUGUUUUAUUAAAAAAGUAAACACCUGAACACAGCUGGCCUACACAGGAGCGACAGAUUCUCCUUGACGGUACACUUUCUUGUUUUUAGACAGUGAUUUAGGUCCGCAUUCCUGAUACCCCAUCCUCCUGAAGCCUUCGUUUUCAAGACUUAAAAAGCACUUCUACUUGGUUUUUUGAUCAGUGUAGCUCAACUGUGACUUAAAGAACAGAAUCUGUCCUUCACUGUAAGAGCUAGAGCUUUCAAAUGAGCUCACUGGAAAUUCAUUCUAAUCCCCAAGCUGGAGAAACAGGUUAAGAGAUCCUGUUUCAUAUGCUGUAUUUAAAAAGCAACAAUGAUAACAACAUAGUAACUGCAUUACCCAAUGGACUUUAUUUUCAUCAUAUGAUUUCAAUUCUGUUUGUAGAGUUUUAUUUCAUAUCCAGUGUGGCUUGUUCUUCUCAGCAGUUUGGGAAGUUAGAGUUAUUAGAGUUGAUAGUGAAUUUAAUUUUCAUUAAACAGUCAUGGUUAGAAGAAGCUAAUAUUUGAAACAGAUUUUAAAAACUUGAAAAAUUACAGGUGAGAUUUCUGUUUAUGCCAGAUUAUUGAAGAUAAAUAUAAACGUAUGUUGGUGUGUGAAAUGCUCUGUGCCUUAGAAGCAUGACAGUUCAGCUCUCUGCUGUGGAAAGUAACACAGGGCAAUAGAAACAUAUUUGUGGAAUUUUAGAACAAACUAUCGCUGAUUCAUGAGCACUGUAAUAACCAUCAGGAAGCUCCCAACUGAAGCAAUGUAACAGUGUAAUCUAGUUCAAUUCAGCAAACAUUCAUGGAGUUCUUCAUGUCUGUCAAGCCUUGAGGACACUUAUGAAUGGCAAAUCUCCAUGCUAGACACUCAAUACAGGUAAAUAGGCCACCAGUUAAUAUUCUUGUUUUUAUUUUCUUCAACAUAGCUAAAAAUGAGAUGCGUAUGAAGUGAUGAGGCUGGAUCCAAGUCUUGAUUGCCUUUCAGGGGGUCAAGGUGCUAAGCUGUGCAGUGAAGUCAACCAGUGGCCAUUGCUUACAUGUGUGUCCCUUUGAGAUCACCACCAGAACCAUUUGUGAACUGAUUUGUGAAGGGAAAAUCAGUCUUACUCCAAAGACUAUUGCAGGGAGGAACUUCCAGAGAGGAAAUCCAAUGACAACGGUGUUGGCAUACACAGGGAGCCUCCCCUCAAAAAGAGAGCGCUCCUUGUCAGGGAGGGGAUGGCGGUCCUUUGAUAAGACCCAUAGGCAAACUUCGAGCCCAUCAGCAGGUCAACCCUAUGCUGGGAAAGUGAGGAUUUGGGAUUUCUGUGCUAUAAACCUGAUUCUAAAUGUAGGACCCAAGUUUCUGGACUACUUCAGAAUACCUAAAUGAAUCAUGGAAACACUCUUUAUGAUUUUUUACAACACCAGAUAUGCAGGUGAAUUGUGGAAAAUUUCAUGUAGCUGGCACUCAAGAAAUAGGGAUUCCUAAUAAUGGCAUGGGUAGGGAACAGAUACACCUGGUUAGAAGAUCUAGGGUUCUGUAUAUGAAGCUGCCAGUCUAUAGCUCUUCGAGAAAGAAAGUUCAAGUCAUUUGGGGGAAACUUAAGUAUAGUCAUCGGGGUUUUAGCUUCUAGGCACUAGCCAGGGAUGAGAACUUCUAAAAUCUAAAAUCCAUUCCAAGAAAUAAAGACAAACACAUUUGCAGGAAGGUAACUGUUAUAACCCACACCAUCAGCAGGGGGAAAGCCAAGCUGAGAAUAAACCCAGGGACAAAGAACCCUAGGACUCAGGCAGGACAUGGCAGGAUGUUCUGGCACAGCAGACUGGAGAUUGAGGCAGGGCCUGUGAGUGGACAGAGCACCCCUGGCUGGGAAGAAGAAGAUGGGGUAGGAGGAGGUCAGGUUCCAAGGAUGCAGGUCUGGAAAAUGAUAUCAGAGGCCCUGGAAUUUGUGAGCUUGACUCUAGUCCCAAGAAAGGUAAGGGAGAAUAAGGGUAAGGGAGAAUUCUAGGCAAGGAAGUAAGGAAGGAAUCCACUUCUUAGAGCAGAGGCACAAGUUAGAGCAGGCCCAGCAUUUGGGCCAACUUACUGUGGGGCCUCUGAGCUGCUCAGCUGGGUCUCCUGUCCUAGAGGGAAGGUGGCCCAGAGUCUUUGGUGGAGUGGAAUCUGUAGAUGAGGUUAAGGGACUCCAGUUGCCAAGGUUGAUCUGAAACAGGCAGGGAGCUAAGCUCAUCAGAACACCAACAGAUUCAUGUUCUUGUCUGAACUUUCAUCUAUUCUGGUCUCAGUGGCUUCAGGAAACACACAUAUACACAUACACCAUGCCCUUGAACUCAAAGCAAACUACGCCCUCAGGGAAAUACAAAUAUCAUGUUCUUAUAGCUGUAAAGUAUAGCUUAGCUAUUUAUAGAAGUCUAUGAGGUACUGUUGUGAGUUCUUUACUUAUCCUGUUUUAUUUUGAAAAAUGAAAGUGCUCAAUAGAAUUUUUAACGUUGGUAACACCACAAGGAUUUCUUAUGUUAAGACCCAACUUGGGGUUGCAAAAUCAUUUUUUCCCUUAAUACCUGGGUGUUGUAUUAGAUCUCAUAAUUUGAAGAGUUAACCUUUUAGAAAUCCACAUAUAUCUCAAAUCUGGCUACUGCAAAACCAGUUUUGACAGGUCAGAUUUUCAUAUGUAUAGGUAUAAAUAGCCAACACUCAGUGAACAAAAUCCUUUAAGCAUUUUGGUUACAUAAAGUUGUAUGUUUUAAGUGAUCAAACUAAGAAUAUUGUUUAUAGGUUUUAAAAACUAAACCAAUAAAGUUUUUAUUUAUUCAAUAAAAUAUGCACAGAACAGA